AUGUUGGCGGUGUUUGCAAAAGCCAUUGGAAAACCACCGGAGGAACUGAGGCUUCCAGCAAUGGGGUCCAACAAUUCAAAGACCCCACGAGAAAUUGUAAAGAAGUUUCAAUCUUUGUGGCAGGAUUCUGCAGUUUACAACCUUCCACACGGGAAUUUUAUGGCUCUGUCCCAUGAGGACGAAAGUCCACUACACCCCAGGUCUGUUGUUGUUUUAGAUGAUAUCUUCUGCAUUUUUGUGGGAGCUCUAGCAAACAUUGUUGAUCUUAGGCAUUACUAUGGCUUGCCAAGACAAGCAACAGAAGCCAUGAUUGUGAUUGAAGCCUAUAAGGUCCUAAGAGAUCGAGCCCCCUACCCACCUGAUCAAGUUGUUAAACAUCUCGAUGGAAAAUUUGCAUUCAUCAUCUUUGAUGCCAGGACACAUACUCUUUUUAUAGCCAGGGAUCGUGAUGGAAGUGUGGAAUUUCAAUGGGGAAUGGCAAGAGAUGGAUCCUUAGUCUGUUCCGAUGACCCAACUAUCAUCAAAGAGGGAUGUGGACAAGCUUGUGCAAGUUUUCCUCCGGGGUGCAUUUUCAUCAAUGGAAGUGGGUUGACAAGCUUUGAUCAUCCACUGCACAAGGUUCGAGGUGUUGCGCAUGAAGAUGACAGUGGAAACAUCUCGAGUGUUUAUUUUCAGGUGGAUUUGUACACAAAGAUUCCCAGCAUUCCUCGCACUGGAAGUGCAGCUAAUUGGGCUGAUGCUGCCGUUGCUGAAGUCAAGGGAGAAUAA